CUCUCUCUUCCCGGCCUCACAUCCGGGUCUGGAGCGCGGCCGCCGCUGUCACUGUUGGUGCGGACGCGUCGGGGUCGGGCCGGGGUGCUGUAAAUGGCGGCGGAGGGAGGCGGAGCGGCGGCCACGCUCAGCCCAGAUCCUCCGAAACUUUAGGUUCGAAGCCCCACAACUUUCCGGGAAGCGCUGCCGCUCCGGAGGCGUGGACGGAAGGGGAAGCCGAGGCGGGAAGUGUGGGGGAAUCGGCAGGGAGCCGGGGAGACUCGAACCCGCGGCGGGGGCGGAGUCCGCCAGUGCCUCGCGCCUCCGCGGCCCCGGUCUCUUUCUCUGCACCCUCCCCGCGGCCGCGGCCGCGGCCGGGGCCGGAGUCGGAGCCGCAGUCGCAGCCGCAGCCGCGCGCUGCGCCGAGCCCGGGACUGCGCCGGGCCUCGCAGGCGGCGGCGCGCCGAGCGCAGCCGGGCCCCCUCCUCGCGACCUCCGGGCCCUGUUGCUCGGGCGCACCUGGCGCGUGUGAGGCCGGGGCCGGCGGCUUCGGGAAGCUAGCAGGAGGCCGGGCCACGCGCAGCCCCUGCCGGCUCAGGGUCCUGGGGCCGGGCCCCGAGUAGUGCAUGCGGGGCGGGGCGGCCGUGAGCCGGAGGCGAAGAUGGAAGGCUUAACGCUGAGCGAUGCGGAGCAGAAAUACUAUUCAGAUCUCUUCUCCUACUGCGACAUUGAGAGCACGAAGAAGGUGGUGGUCAACGGGCGGGUGCUGGAGCUGUUCCGGGCCGCGCAGCUGCCCAACGACGUGGUCCUACAGAUCAUGGAGCUUUGUGGUGCAACAAGACUUGGUUAUUUUGGAAGAAGUCAGUUCUACAUUGCUUUGAAACUUGUAGCUGUUGCCCAGUCUGGUUUCCCUUUAAGAGUGGAAAGUAUAAAUACAGUAAAGGACCUUCCUCUGCCAAGAUUUGUUGCUUCAAAGAAUGAACAGGAAUCUCGCCAUGCAGCCUCAUAUUCUUCAGAUUCUGAAAAUCAAGGGUCAUAUUCUGGUGUAAUUCCCCCACCACCUGGCAGGGGGCAAGUGAAAAAGGGAUCCGUAAGCCAUGAUACAGUUCAGCCUCGUACAUCUGCAGAUGCACAGGAACCUGCAUCCCCAGUAGUUUCACCACAGCAAUCCCCACCAACUUCUCCACACACAUGGAGGAAGCACAGCCGUCAUCCCAGCGGUGGGAAUAGUGAGAGGCCUCUUGCGGGACCUGGGCCAUUUUGGUCUCCCUUUGGUGAAGCACAAUCAGGUUCUUCUGCUGGUGAUGCAGUGUGGUCAGGGCAUUCCCCACCUCCACCUCAAGAAAACUGGGUCAGUUUUGCAGAUACUCCACCAACCAGUACUCUUUUAACCAUGCAUCCUGCUUCUGUCCAGGACCAGACAACAGUACGAACUGUAGCAUCAGCUACAACUGCCAUUGAAAUUCGUAGGCAAUCCAGUAGUUAUGAUGAUCCCUGGAAAAUAACAGAUGAACAAAGACAGUAUUAUGUAAAUCAGUUUAAAACCAUUCAGCCUGAUCUAAACGGAUUUAUUCCAGGAUCUGCAGCUAAAGAGUUUUUUACAAAAUCAAAACUUCCUAUUCUUGAACUUUCUCAUAUUUGGGAACUCUCAGACUUUGAUAAAGAUGGUGCAUUGACACUGGAUGAGUUUUGUGCUGCUUUUCAUCUGGUGGUUGCUAGGAAGAAUGGCUAUGAUUUACCAGAAAAACUUCCUGAAAGCUUAAUGCCCAAACUGAUUGAUUUGGAAGAUUCAGCAGAUGUUGGAGAUCAGCCAGGUGAGGUAGGUUAUUCAGGCUCUCCUGCUGAAGCUCCUCCAAGCAAGUCACCAUCGAUGCCGUCACUAAACCAGACAUGGCCUGAGCUGAAUCAGAGCAGUGAGCAGUGGGAGACAUUUAGUGAACGCUCUUCAAGCUCACAAACUCUGACCCAAUUUGAUUCUAACAUUGCACCAGCUGAUCCUGAUACUGCUAUUGUUCAUCCAGUUCCCAUUCGUAUGACUCCAAGCAAAAUCCACAUGCAGGAAAUGGAACUUAAAAGAACUGGCAGUGAUCAUACAAAUCCCACUAGCCCAUUACUUGUGAAACCAUCUGACCUUUCAGAAGAAAAUAAGAUAAAUUCAUCGGUGAAAUUUGCUUCUGGUAAUACUGUAGCAGAUGGUUACAGUAGUUCAGACUCUUUUACUUCUGACCCAGAACAGAUCGGGAGCAAUGUAACUCGUCAAAGGUCUCAUUCAGGAACGUCGCCUGAUAACACUGCACCACCACCUCCCCCUCCAAGGCCACAGCCCUCUCAUUCUAGAUCAUCAUCUUUAGAUAUGAAUCGGACCUUUACAGUCACCACAGGACAACAACAGGCUGGAGUUGUUGCCCAUCCUCCUGCAGUGCCUCCAAGACCACAGCCCUCACAGGCUCCUGGUCCUGCUGUGCAUCGCCCAGUGGAUGCCGAUGGCCUCAUAACUCAUACUAGUACCUCACCUCAGCAGAUACCAGAGCAACCAAAUUUUGCAGAUUUCAGCCAGUUUGAAGUAUUUGCUGCAUCAAAUGUAAACGAAGAACAAGAUGAUGAAGCCGAGAAACAUCCGGAAGUCCUGCCGGCUGAAAAAGCUUCUGAUCCUGCAAGCUCUCUUCGAGUUGCCAAAACAGAUAGUAAAACUGAAGAAAAGACAGCUGCUAGUGCUCCUGCCAAUGUGAGCAAAGGCACAACACCACUUGCUCCACCACCUAAACCUGUUCGAAGAAGAUUAAAAUCAGAAGAUGAAUUAAGGCCAGAAGUUGAUGAACAUACACAAAAGACGGGUGUCUUAGCUGCUGUUCUUGCAUCACAACCUUCUAUUCCCAGAUCUGUUGGGAAAGAUAAGAAAGCUAUUCAGGCAUCAAUUAGACGUAAUAAGGAAACCAACACCGUUUUGGCCAGAUUGAAUAGCGAAUUGCAGCAACAAUUAAAGGAUGUUCUUGAGGAGAGAAUUUCCCUGGAAGUUCAACUGGAACAACUUCGACCAUUCUCUCACCUAUAAGCCAAUUGCCGUUAACUGUGAACAUACUUGUUUUUAAGUGGUUUUGGGUUCAAAGCCAAUUUGGAGACCCAAACAUUCAGCUCACUGCUUAACUCAACAUUAAAUUUUAUGAUUCUGUUUUGCCCUAUAUGUUCACCAUUGUAUUUAAGUAUCUUUUAUUUUUUAAUUUCGACAAUAAAAAGGUCAGGAUGACGUUU